CAAGCGUCGCAGGAUCUCAGUCAAGGCUCAUGAUGUCGCAGUCGGCGCUGGGGCUCGACGGCGAGCGGCGCUACUCCGUGCCCUCCAACCCGCUCGUCCACGACCCGCGCGGCAUGCACUCCGAGGAUCUUCACGCGUGGUCCAUCUACAGGCAAAAUCUGAAUUCCGAUUUCACAGACAGCGCGCUAGGAAGCACCGACAAGAGCCCAUUGCCGUAUGGAAACUUCCAGCUCAGAGAUACCACUGUCCAGUCCAUCCUAUCGCAUCCCAGAUAUGGACCCAAAUCAGCGCUCGGUUCAAACAUGUACACGUACCUCAAAUUCGGGCUGCCGCGAGUGUUUCCACCGAACCACAAUGGAUCGCAGCGCUCCGGGACGCCUAAACCCAAAACCUCGAUUGGCAGUGGAAUGAAACCGGUACCCAGGAUACAAAGGCAAAGUAGAGGAAUACGCGAAACGUCAUCAGGCUACGACAGCUCCGACAAUGAAACCUCCACAAACUACAAAUACAGCCGAAAAUACCGAUCUGAUCCGGAUUUUAGAAUGCAAAACUUGCACACAUCCUACCAACCUCACGGCGGUCCCGGCGUGCCCCUAGUAGCCAUGCAGCAGGCAGGUCUCAGAAAUGAGCCCCACUGGACCAACUCUAGGCAUAAGUCCGUGAGCGAAGCCAACCUGCUGGGCAUAGACGCCCGACCGCACCGCCCCUCUUACAGCCAUCGGAGGAAUAGUGUAGCUGACUUCGUGCCUGACAAUGACCAUCAGAGUUACCUGAUGGCGGCGUCUCACCUCGGCGGUCGGAUGUCGAAAGCCGGCAGUCACAUGUCUUUACCGCAGUCCAGAAAACAGUCCACACUACGGCCUGGGGACCACUUAGAUGGAUACACGCAUUCCGCUUACAUUUACCCUAACUAUUAUGUUAAUAGUUUAGAAAUAACAGCACCGAACAACAAGUCAGCGCUGCUGGUGUCAGGGCUGAGCUUCGAGGUGAAAUCCGGCGAGAUCCUCGCGGUGUUGGCCACGUCGCAACACGAAGCCACGGGGCUGCUGGAUGUCUUGGCUGGCGUUAGGAAGAAAUUAACGGGCGAUAUAGUCCUCAACGGCCAGCCUGUGGCUUCAUCGACCCUCCGUAAAGUAGCAGCCUACGUGCGAAAAGACACGUCUCUCUGCCCCUCCAUGACGGUGGAACACACGCUGAGGUUUCACGCGGCGUUGCGAAGGCCGAGGAAUAACCAGCAUCAGGUCAAGAUGGAUGAUAGAGAUCGGAUAAACUGGCUAAUAGAAGAGCUAGGCCUCGACCAAGUCCGAGACACGAACGUAGCCCGUCUAACGCGAUCCGAGAUCAGGCGGCUCAACGUGGCCUGUCAGUUGUUACUCGACACGGCCAUCCUGAUCUUAGACCAGCCCACGAAGGAGAUGGACAUUUUUGACACCUUCUUCUUGGUGGAGUAUUUGAGGAACUGGGCGAGCGGUGGGCGCGUUGUGAUCAUGUCGUUACACCCGCCGACUUAUGAGAUAUUUGCUAUGCUUACUAAGGUGGUCUUAAUAUCCGCUGGUAGAACGAUGUUCAGCGGGUACAGAAGAGACAUGUUGCCAUAUUUCGCUUCUAUCGACUAUCCUUGUCCCGCCUUCAAGAAUCCUUCUGAUUAUUAUUUGGACCUAGUGACCCUCGACGACCUAUCAGCGGCGGCGAUGCUGGAGUCAUCAGGGCGGAUCGAGGCGCUGGCGGGGCUGUUCUGUGGCGCGCAGGCGCCGCCCGAGCCGCCGCCGCCCGUGCCGCUGCCCGCGCCCAUCGCACGCCCCAAUGCUGUAGUACAAGCGUUCGCUCUCAUUGAAAAAAGUCUGGUGUUCACUCAAAUGACAACGCUGUCUAACGUGGUGACGCGGGUGCUCAUCGCAGCCAUCAUGUCCCUCAUCAUGGGAACCAUCUUCUGGGACCUGCCCACCACUGACGCGAAGUUAACGCAAAACGACCGAGUUGGAUACCACUACUCCGUAAUGUGCCUAAGUCUAUUUCCACUGCUCAUGUGGCUGACUGCUCGGGAAGCCAGCUCUAUGAGAAGGCACGUUGAAAGAGAUGUUGCUGUGCCGUUGUACUCCCGCACCGUAUUUAUACUUUAUGAUCAAUUCCUGGAGCUAUGGUCAGCUGUGCUAACAUGGUUCGCGUACCUCGUGCCAAGUUACGCCAUGAGUGGCCUUUACGCACAGACACCGGGUUCAUUCGAUGGAUUCUAUAUUUAUUUAGGUUACAACGCGCUCUAUCUAAUAGCCACCCAGAUGAUGUUCCGUGCCUUCGUCUUCCUGGUGCCAAUGGAGAAGACAGCCACAAUCUUAGCAGGCUUCUGCUUCCUACUCAGCACGCUAGCCAACGGCGUGAUGUUGCAUCGUGAAGACUUGCCGCAAUACUGGCGGUGGCUGGAGUAUGUCUCGCCAUCCAGGUGGACGCUGCCGGAGAUACUGAUGAAGGAGUUGAGCGAGACUGCCUUGAGGACCAGCAUUAGCAAGGAGAUGAGGUGUACUAAUAAACAGAGGCCGUAUAACGACAUCAUAGUACAAUCGCAGUGCCCCCCACCAAACGGCACCCAGGUCCUCUCCAACUACGAGUACCUUCGCGCCGACAACAUCUGGGAGUGGUCGGACGAAAGCUUCCUAAUCGCUUUAGCCAUAUUCUACGCGGCGUUCGCUGUGAUCGCACUUUUGGCGUUUCUGUGCGACUGUACCAAGUACGUUAGGAGAAAGGAACGGAACAGCUUGAAAGGACACAAAGUUACGGUUAAUACUCCUUGAUAAUUAAUUUCUAAUGAGAAAUUUUGGAGAAAUCUGUUUUCGACUUAUAGUCAAAGUGAUAAUAAUAAUUUACUGAAAUAGGACCUAAAUUCGAAAUAAUGAUUUUUCGAACGCAACACGGUGCAGGAUAAAAUUACCAACGGUACGCAUGUUUUAGUAAUUAAUUUGUAAUAAGCCGUAAAAAUUAUAUCAAUGAAAUUAAAUAUAUUUGACCAACACAGAUUGUCAAAUGUACAUUUAUGCAGUCAGGUCAGUAAUCUACAUUUAUUUACUACUCGUAGAUCAAAUCAUACGUAUAAUUUUCUAAAAUUUUAUCACGUUAGUAACGAUCAUACGAUUUCGUUGACCUAGAAUCAGAUUGUAUUGGAAGAUGAGUUAAUUUUCCAUAUAAUUUGAUGCAGAUCUAGGUACUGCAAGUUUUAGUUCAAAAAAAUGUGGGUUACUUUAUAAAAAUCGACUACAAUACCAUAUAAAUAUUGAUCGAUUACAGCGUCUGAAUGCCAUGGCAGCGUUAUCGAUUUAAGGGAACCUGUAAAUUCAGCUAAGAAGAUUUAGGUAAUUAAAGUAAGGUUUAAAACUUUUUAACUGACCGUCUGCUUCAAAAUUCUUAUUUUCCUUUAUUGUAACUCGACCACGCUGCCAUCAAAUUAAAACGUUGUUAUCGCUACUACAAUAAUAUACAGACAUGUUGAUUUGAUAUUAAGGUUAUUUUUGUAGCUGAACUAGUAAUGUCGAUCUUAAAAUCUGAUCUUCAAGUUAGAUAAUUUAUGGAUCUGUUCAAUGUUCUAUUCUAGAAAUUAAGUAAAUAAAUGAAUGUACAAAGAAAUUAUAACUAUACUAGUAUAUUUAAUAGAUUUAUAUGAAAUGCAAAAGGCUGACUUUAUACCGUCUUCCGUCCUUGAAAGCAUGAAUACUUGUAUGAUAAAAUGUGCCGAAUGCAUGUAGUAGGUUAGUUAGACAGAUAUCACAAGUUUAUCUUAGUCACUAUUUUCUUCUUCACAUGUUUUGCCAAAAACGUGAUGUCUAUGAAACUAUUCUUUUAUAAAUAGAGUAAAUUAAGAGAACAGAGUACCUACUAUUGCAAAAACAAUGCUUAGAAACUUGAUUUUCUUAUGUAUUAUCACAACAAGUUUGGUUACUCUGUUCUGUUUCUUUACUCUUAUAUAGCUUUCUCUUUUCUACUUGUGUAGAAAAGUCCUUCAAGCACUUAUGACUGUGAAUGUGCAUGUUGUUUAUGCAAUGGUAUGAAAUAAUAAUUUAAAACUGGUAUUUUUUUCAAAUCUUUUGAUGUCUUAGGUAAAUCAAUAUAUUGAAAUUCGCUAAUUAAUCACCAUAAUACAUUUGUACGAAAUCCAGUAUUAUGACAUUUUAAGAGUUAAAAACUACUGCCAAUUAACUAAUCCAUAUCUAUUUUUAAAUCAUCUUUUUAUUUAAUAGGUAUAGUUUAUUAAAUUUUAGGUAGUUUAAAGGAAUAAAAGUGGAGCCAUAUCAAUUAGAUAAUUAUUUAAUAAUUGUUAAGUUACCUUACUUUCGGCAU